AUGAAUACCGACAGCUCACCAGUGACCGGUAGUGAUGCUCCUCUUGGCACUGCGGUCCCCCCAGACUGCCCUCAUGCACUCCUUUGCUCCAUACCUACAUGGACCAACAUCGUUGAAUAUAUGGAUAACAAAGAAUGGGUACUGAAGACCUUAAAAACAGCAUAUCCGCGCAUAAGGCUUCAUACCUUUGUCAAGCAGCUCGGUAAGAUCUGCUCUCAUGUUCAUGGCAAAAAGGACGAAGACUGCUUGCUUUUCCCUUCUCGUAAAGUCGCUGAGUACUGUCAAGCGUACGUCCUAAAGCAUGCAGAUGACGCAGCACGGCCCCGUAUUUUACGUUUCGAGUUACCCGUCAAACAUGAUCUUGUCAUCUCCCUCCUCUUCCCUGAUGGAAUCCCCGAACUUUUUGCAGUCCUGUUUCCAUCAUCCUCGUUGCCUCGAGCUCUGUCAUUCUGGGUGUACACCGGGACGGGAAUAUCCACCCGCUUGGCUGAACAUUGCCUCUUUGCGUUGUCAACAGAAUUGCUCGACAUCAGCGCUAUGACUAUGCCUCUCGCACCACGCAGUUGGAGAAAUUCAGAGUUCUACAACGUACAUAGACCCUUAGGUUCGGGUGCGGAAGCAAAGGCCCUUAUCCGAAGGCUAUUUUCAGGCAUCAUCAACGAAGGUCCAGAAAACAUACGGGGUGUCCCCUAUGCAUCACCGGACGACGUAUAUCUCUACUCCACAGGCAUGAAUGCUAUCUGGAAUGUGCAUCUUAUGGUAUUGCAUACUCAAUCGAAAGGAACGAAGUGCGCUGCGUUGAACCUCUUGUAUUCACACACCCACGACGUGUUAGAAAACUGGGGACCUGGGUACCUCUUCUUCUCAAACGGCUCUAUAGACGACCUCGAGGCCUUCCUCGCUCUCGAGGAUGCGCACCAGUACGGGUUCCCGCUCAUCGUAGAUGAGACGGUGGGCAACUUUCUCAAUGUGCAGAUGCUUCCCUACGCGGAUAUCGUGACCUGCAGCCUCACCAAAGUCUUCAGUGGGCUCGCGAACGUGAUGGGUGGUGCCUUUCUUCUCAACUCCGAAUCGAAGCAUUAUCCAGCAUUCAAAGCUUACAUGGACAUCAACUACGAAGACACCUACUUCAGCGAAGAUGCUGUCUGUAUAGAGGCAAAUUCCCGGGAUAUGAACCGACGUGUACACAUGAUAGACCACAACGCUGAGGCAAUAGCCGACUUUUGCUACGAGGAGUCAUCAAAAGAGGGGUCUGUCAUUAAACAGGUGCUCUAUCCCAAGUAUCAGAUGCGGGAACAGUACGAACGCUGCUGGUCUAAAGCCACUAAUAAGCCGGGAUAUGGAGGUCUUCUUACCUUGACCUUCAUCUCUAAUACUGCCGCAAUGGCGUUCUUCGAUGCGUUUCCAUGUUAUAAGGCUAUCACACUGGGUACGGUGUUUACCCUUGCUGUACCGUUCGCGGAGGCAGGUUUCCACGAUAAACUUGAUUGGGCGCAGGAGAAUGGGAUUGAUUAUGCAUCGCAUGUAUCAAUUAGCGAUAUAUUGCCACCUUUAAACUCGAAGGGAUACAGGGAGGGGUCGCGUGGCGCUUUAAGGGUGAAAGACGCACAUAUGCCCACCGACUGA